UAUAUAUACAUUUGUAUCAUGUAAAAAACUGUCAAUAUCGAUUUGCUUUCAAAGAUAAAUUAAAAAUUUCAAGUUCGUUUCGUUCGUCCAAAACUAAAUUUUUUAAUAAAUAUCCAUUUAAUUUAGAGAAUUUGCCGCUUUUAAUAAAUUAAACCUAAAAGUCAUGUCUAAUAUCUGUCAAGAUUGUAAUCGUUUGCAAAUCAAUCCUGUGGGCUCAGCACCAGAACGCCCUCUAUUUCAACAACCCACAAAAUACGAUCACUAUAAAAAUUUUCAAAAAUUCAAACAAUCCAAAGAAGAAGAACAGUUCAUUAAUCAACGCAAAGAAGAACUUUUAAAAUUUAAUCCAAACUUUACGGACUUUCAUCUAAAUCGUAUGCUAACGAAAGAAGAAUUUGAACAGUUUAGCACCCAAGAUAUAGCGAAAUUUCGCCAACAAUUACGUUUGGGUAGUUGUGAUCAUAAUUUGAAUUCAUUUGGUUGUAUAGCAGCCAGAAGGGAAGAGCAAAAUCCUAAAAAUGUUGGGGAGGAUGACGAAAAUGAUGGUAAAUCUUUGCUAAAACGUAAAUCUCUUCUCUCAUUAACACGUACCCCGGUCCAAUGCCCCAUUAGUAUUUGUAAUCGUACGCUUGGUGUUACUUUUGUGUUGUCGCAUUUUCUACGUGAUCAUAGUGAAGAUUUUGGUGUACCUUGUCAAGAGAUUUAUGCCGGAAAACCUUCGGUUUUAAUAUUCGAUCCGACGAAUUCGGAUUUUCAUGAAAAUGUUUGUUUGGGUAUUUUGGCCUAUGGCGGCUAUGCGAAUGACAGUUCUUCGCGACCCACGGAAAGAGGUCUCUGUAUAAAUAAUGCCUUUUUACCCAAACCCUACGAACAUUUAACUUCCCAUCUACCCAUUCUCAUAAUGGCCUGUCGCACCUCUUGGUCAACGCUGUUGGGUAAUAAAGAAAAACUUAAAGGCAAUAUUCACAAUCCGAAUUCUUUAAAACAAGAACUUUUAGUACUUUGGUUGGCUAGUGUACAGACGGUAAAACCUAUAUAUUGUACGGUUACAGUGUACGAUAAGGAAAUGGAGUCAUCACUCAGUUCGAUAAUGCAAAUACGAGAUUUAAAUGAUGACCAAAAUCCGGCAGAAUUUAUGAGAAAGGAAAAAAAUUUUAUGCGUUUAUCUCAUGGAAAAAUAACUACACUCUCACAUAGUCUUAUAGAGUGUAUUCACAUGGAAAUACUGAUUAAUGAAUUUUAAUAAAGAAAUUGUCAAUUUGAAAUAAAUAUUUUGAAA